AUGACCCUCCAAGCCCUAAUCCUAGCCGGCGGACAAUCGUCUCGUAUGGGAUCACGCAAGGAAUUACUCCGUCACCCCAGUGGGCUGCCAAUGUAUCAAUACCUGAUCAAGAUUAUAGGUCAAGCUUGUCCUCAACUUGAUACAAUUUACAUGUCUGUGAAAAACGAGGAUCUCGUGCCGCCACCUGAGAUACAUGACCACCACCACCGCAAUCAACAACAGUCCCUGGAAAAUAGGAUCACGGUAAAAUUUAUAUAUGACAAUUUGCACGACAAGAAUACAAAUUCGAAAGAUAUCGGUCCAGCAGCGGGUCUCCUAGCGGCUUAUCACAACAACCCAGAAACAAACUGGCUCAUUGUCGCGUGCGACUUUCCGCUUCUUAGUGCUGCAACAUUGACGCGCUUGAUAUCUGCGGCAAAAUCCUCGUCUGUAACAUGUUAUCGAAACUCAAAAGGGUUCUGCGAGCCGUUACUUGCCCUAUGGUCUCCAGAAGCUCUUGAGAAACUCGCCGAUAAUACGAGACAGGGACGAACAGGGCCGAGGUUUGUGGUUGAGGAAUUGCCUGAUUCGCGGAUCCUAAGUCCAGAGAGCGAGGUGGAAUUGUUUAAUGUGAAUACAGUUGAGGAGUGGGAGGAGGCUUGCAAUUUGUUUAGGAGUAUGGCAUGA